AUGGAACAUCAUGUCAAAAAGCGCAUCAUCGUGUGCUUCGAUGGCACUGGAAAAAACCACUUCCGAGAUAUCAACAGGAGCCCGCUGACGAACGUCUCGCGUUUCGAGACCGGCAUUGGCACCGACGAAGGCGACUUCUUGAAGCACCCGCACCAGGGAUUUGGGAAAGGUGACACGGCCCCGGACGUUACCGUGCUGCGGUUGCGGCCAAGUACCCAAGGCAUCGAAACGAGAAUCAAGCAGGCGUAUAGGUUUAUAUGUGCCAACUACGCUCAGGAUGACCAGAUCAUCCUCGUCGGCUUUUUCAGGGGUGCCUCUACCGCGCGGUGCGUGGCCGAUCUCAUCAGCAAGUUCAGCCUUCUUACCAAAAUCGCCCUCCAUUUUCUCAAUGGUCUCUACACGCAAUGGUCUACAGGGGCGGACCCACGGCGUGAUGGACCAGAACCUCCGGGCACGCCGGCCGAGAACGGCAGCGAAGUCCCAGUUGUCCAAAAGCCCACUGCCUCACUGCCGCAGCUGCUCAAGCACCAACUCAGCCAUCUCGCUGAGAGGGCGAGCGACUACGUUCAAGCCCGCUCCAGAAGAAUUACCAGAAAGCCCACUCCAGAGGCGCAAGUUGCAGAAGCUUCACCCAGGCCGGAAGGCGAACGAGGCCCGCUUGCCAAAGAAUUCACAGCCGCCGUUCUGCACCAAAAGAGGAUGCGCCACCCAAAGGUCGGCAUCAUCGCCUGCGGUCUGUGGGACACGGUGGCCUCGAUCGGCUUUCCGAGCCUGCGCCCGAAGCGCUUCUCAUUUGUCAACUCGGCACCAUGCGACGCGGUUCAGAAUGCUUUCCAAGCACUGGCCCUUCACGAGCACCGCCAGCCUUUUCUUCCCCUGCUCGCCCCCUUUGUCAAGUUCAAAUAUGAGGCUUUCUGGAAGCCCCACCCAUCCAAGUCGAGCUGGUCUCUAAAGCCUAGCCUCACGGCGGCUGCCGAAUACCCUGGAUCUAGGCCUCGAAAGCCUCGCCGCCACUUCUGGACCCGCACGGGGUUCGAGGAGAGGUUGCCUCUCGCUGAGAAUAUGUCGUUGGAGUUCAUGCGCCCAACUGUCCGGUUACUCUACUCGGUGGAAGGCAUGCCAACGUGCCCUUCUAUUGCCAAUACCGGCCCCCAGAGCCGGGACGGCAAACUGACCUGGUCUUGGGAGCUUCCAAUCUUGGUGGGGGGCGUCGUGAAGAAGAGCAUGCGGCAUCUUCCAGUUCAGAUGAACGAGUGAAUCAGACCCCCCAGGUCGAGGUUCAACAAGAGACUGCACCUACACUGUACUUGAAGACGCAAUGGAUGCGACCCAGGGCAAACUUCUCUCGUUUUAGCUCGAUUCGGAACUCGGCAUCUUGGAUUAUACCGACGAAAAUACGAUAAUUGCGGAGCUCAAGGCGUUUCUAGGGAGUGAGUUGAGGUGGUUGUGAGGUGGCAGUGUGGUUGUGAGGUGGUUGUGAGGUGGUUGUGAUCUGCGCUCUAGUCUCUACUUGAC